AUGAAGAGAAAAGGUUUCAAGUGCACCACCUGCUCCUAUUCCUUUGACAAGAAUAACCCUGACGGUGACACAGCGUGCAUUGAUCAGCCGGAGAUCUACACCGGGAACUCGAUCCUCACCUGCCGGGACUACUGUGUCGUGAGAGAGACUUAUGAUGUCCAGCGACAAAAAGUGACAGCCUUCUGGCGAUCGUGCGCGGACAAGGACGCCAGCGGGUACUGCGAGUCUCUUGGCACGGAGCUCAAGGUCUGCUUCUACUCAUGUCAGUCUGACCUGUGCGUGAAUUGGGUCAGGGGCAACCUCCACGACUUCUACGGUGACGUGGCGCCGCCUAAAGACCCGGGCGACGGAGCUACACGACUGGGGACGCUGUUCACGUCAGGGCUGACCGUGGUUUCUGCGUUUACUAUGACACUCUUUUUCGUUAUGUAGAUUCAUUUCGCUG